AUGUCGGAGGACCAUGAUCGCAAAAGAUCUUUAGAAGAACUACAGGAGAGUAAUCAGGUUCUAGGACUGGCCGUGCAACGAACGAGGUUAGCCGUCAAAAGACUAAGGCUGGAGUAUGGUGCGCUGUUGGAGCGCCUCGAAAGUCGGAUAGAUAAAGACCCAGAAUUGUCCUAUGAGGAUCCGCUACCAUCGCUAGAGAGUUUCAGGACGCAGAUUUUAGAGGACACGCCUAAAUCGAAGACGAAGAGGAAAAAGGGAAAGGAAAGAGACCCAAACUUGCCCAAGAGGCCGACAAACGCCUAUCUGCUGUUCUGCGAGAUGAACAAAGAAUCAAUGAAACAAAAUUCCGGACCAAACGAUGUUUCUAAGGCUUUGACAGAUGCAUGGAAGGCACUGGAUGAGAAUGGAAGAAAACCUUAUUACAAGCUAUACAGCGAAGACCGUGAGCGGUAUCAGAGGGAAAUGAAAGCGUAUGCCAAAAACAAGACCACGAACGAGAAGCAGCCGAAGAAGGAAGAGGACGAUGAUGAUGAAGAGGAGGUAGACGACGAUGACGACACGGAUGGAACUCAGCCUGACGUCGAAGCGUCAGUCGACAUACCCAUAAGGUAA